GGCAGCGCGGCUCGGGAAGCGGUGUGGCGGGCGGCCGUCCCGCUCUGUGCUUCUGCUUCUGGCUCGUUUCCUGCCCGAUUUGACUUUUUCUUUCACUUUACUCCCUCCCAGGACUGGAAGCGGGAUCCGCGUCCCUGGAACUGCUAUGCCAACAGAACUCUCCCGGGCCGUGAGAAUGCACGCCAUCCCGGACCUCCACUCCGCCCUCACCCUGCGCCUCCUCAACAAGGGUCCCGAGUACCUGCGGCGGCAGAUGGAGGCAGGCAGCCCGGGCAGGAGGAGUGCCGUGGAGAGGCUGGCGGCCGAUAAGGCCAAGUACGUAAAAAGCCAGCAGGUCAUCAGCACCAAGCAGGAGCCCGUCAUCGUGCUUAGCUCGGCCUCGGAGAGCAGCAGCGAGACCUGCUCGGUGGAGAGUAAAAACGUCAGCAGGGACUUUGUCAGAGGGAAGGGCGCGAAGCCGCUGGAGCUGGCGAAGGCGGUGUACGGUUGCCGUGCCCCUCUGCAGCACGGCCCCCCCAUAGCCCGGCGCGGCACUCCCAGGAGGCAGGUGCGGCCGGAUUCCCUUGUGAUUUACCGCCAGAAAUGCGAGUUCGGGAGAGGUCAAAGCCAGGACAGCUCACGGGGGAGCUUAGUGAGGAGGAUCUUCCAGGGGUCUGUAAAGGAGAAGCAACUGGCUUCUCCUGGGAUGCCCAGAGUCAUGGAGGACAGCGCAGCCACUGAGAGCAGUGAGCCUCUCUUGGCAAAAGUUGAUGACCGUGAGCAGAGCAGCCGUGGAGAGGAGCAAAGCAUUGCUGUGAGCACGGAAGCCCCAGGGGUAUGUGCAAAAGAGCAUGAGAGACCCCCAAAACUGAGUGUACCUCCUGAGGAGGUCAAAGAGGUGAAGAGGAGAGGUCUCCAUCGCUCUCAGUCAGACAUAAGCUCUCGCUACUCCAAGUCCUUCUCUGAGUUUGAUACAUUUUUCAAGUACUGUGGCCUGGAGCAGGAGGUCAUCGAGGAUCUCGGGAGAGAGAACUUCUCCGUGGUGUCCGACAACGUCUCCUUCAAGAUCCGCAGCAUCAGUGUGGCAACAUCCGAGAGCGACUUCACGAGGUACAGCGGGGACGAGGGGCUGCUGGAGGAUGAACUCACAGAGCAGGUCCCGAGCAGCACCUCCGUGAUUGAGCGCAACGCUCGGAUAAUCAAAUGGCUGUACACGUGUAAGAAAGCCAAGGAGACAAACAAGAUGAUCCAGGAACUGGCGUGAUGGCUUCUUUCAACGUGCGUUGCAGCCUAGUGAACUCAAGAAUCCUUGACUUGGAAGUUGAACAAAACCAGAGACAAGAAGAAACUCUUCCCUCCUCUGGCUCAUGACCAAGUUGUCCAAGUAUAGUAUUUUGGUUUUGUCUCCUACUCCCUCCUCCUUUCCCUGGCAGCUUCACUCUUGUCACAAGCUCAGGGGUGUCCAAGAAGGUGAUGACACGCAGAGGUUGUGACCUGUGCCUCAGAGAGGCAGUAAGAAACAAAAGCUCCUGGAUAAGCGCAGCACAACAGCAGCUGCCAUCCAUGAUGCUAUUCAGCGUAAGCUGCCCACCCCAGGACGCCUGACAGGAAGAAGGUCUAUGUUCUGCACCCGUCUCUUUCCAGCAAUGGAUUUGUCAACAGGGAUGGGAGGAGAAAGUGGGAAUGAAGGGACAAUGACCUCUGGGUCAGGCGUUUCCUUGCAGGCAGACAGGCUCCACCUGGACGUUCAAAGGCUCAGUCUUAACAGGACUGUUUGACCAGGGCUCAUCCUGAUAUCAUUGGACUGUUGUUUGUUAGCUGGUGAGGACUAACUAUAUCAGCUUUAUCUGGGACACCUGGCAAACAUGCUUUAAGCCAAAUCCCUGCCAAGCCUCUCUUUCUCUGAUGUAUUCAAGCCAAAAUGGAGUACCUUGUAUCCAUCUACUUUGCUUUAUGACACAGCUUGUUCGGCCAGUGGGGAGGAAUAACCUUUAAAACCCUGUCCAAAAUCCUUUCAUGAGAAUGGUUCCAAGAAACAGGUAGUCAAAAAUGAGGCAGAACUUGACAUUGUUACUGCCUUGCUGCAGAACUGUACAAUUCACAAGUACAUAGCUUCCUCCACUUUGCUGCCAAUACGUUUUUGACUCUGACAUUGCAAACAUUGCAAGGUUUGGCAGCUUGUGGUUUAACACCUUUAAUGUUAUGCACUGUGAGUGAGUAGUGGACUUACAGAAACACUUUAGGAAACUCUAUCCCAGGCUAUGUAAGGCCACACUUCCCUAGUAUGCGUCUGGAGUACCCAUGCCAACUGAAUAUCCUAAUGGGGUGAGACAUCCAAUGUAGACAGCACCUUACUUGAUAUGCUUCAAUUGGACUAGCUGAGCUAAAAUGUUUCAAAAGCUGAUUAAAAAUACUUUGAAUCAUCAAUGUACUGAACAAGGCCCCUACAAUAACUCACAAAAUUUUCUGUCAGUGCCUCAAACAUUUACCCCAACCUGUCAUAGCUCACUAGAAAAUUUCUUGCACCAAAGCAUUUAUUUGUGGACAUUCCAAACCACUAAAAAAAUGCAAGAUAAAACCCCAAUCAAAGCUAAAGCCAGCUGACCUGCAGUCACACCAAUGCCCACCUGUGAUAGCUGUCCCACCGGCCUAAUGGUGACUUGACCUGAGAGUCUCAGAGAUCUUAAAAGUUUACUGUGUGUUAUGGACAUGAUGUGCUGCUUUUAUGGCCACCAGGCCAUGUGUGAGAAGUUCAGAAAGACCAGCUUUCAUUCUCUGCAUUCCUCCUGCCCAUAGUACAGCAGCUCUCCCCACUACCUCUCCUGGCCCAAAACAGCAGCCAGUGCAGCUGAGUGGUUGCCAAGCUCAAGCUGUGGUUUGUCAAGUGUUUGCUUCUCUUAAUAAAUGCCUCUGGAGGAGCAGAAAGGUUGAAGGCAAGCAUCAAGGACUGAAAAAAACACAUUGGUGGUAGAAGGAAUGACUGUCUAUUUUAAUCUGUGCCAGUGUUGUAUGCUGGAAGAGUUGCCCUCGAAGCACUCAUCAGGUGGUUUAGUUGACAUCAAUUAAAUUCACAGCAAGAUCAUCUGAGUUGCAUUUCCAUAUGUUUUAAAUAUGCUCACCAGUCCCUGGAUAGUUAAUUCUCAAUUAUAGCAAGUGUUUUGGGAAUGCAGGGCAUUUGUCUUCAUUUUCUAGCGUUAUGUACUAAGAUGUACAUGUCUGAAGUUGUCGAGAUAGACAGAUAAGUAGCCCACAUUAAAAAAAUUGCUGAACUCACUUUCCAUUUGGGAGAAAACCAGAUAGUUGGCAUGACUGAGCUUCUGGAAACUUAAAGGGAAUGUAGUACAUAAGGAUAUUUUUGUUAAAUAAUGAACUUUCUGUUUGUAUUUGUUACAUUAUUUAAAGGUGACUUGCAGAAAACUCCAAAGAUGCUGCUAAUAAGAUAAGAUUUAUGCACUUAAGGUGCAGGUUUUUAAGAGACACAGUCUAGGUUUAUUAGACAGGAACACAAUCUGAUGUAUCUGUUCAUUUCGUGCUCACUUUGCAAGGUGCUGUACCACAUAAAUAUUUAUAUGCAUCUGUCAGAGCUAAGGACUGCUUUUUUUUGAAAACAUAGAUGACUGUAGACAGCUCAGAAUGCAAAAGAAAAUCUUAUACAUUACAAACCAGUGCCCCACCAUGAGAAGAGAAUUGUUUUGUUUUGUUUCCAGGGAAAUUUUUUGUUUCACUUUCAAACGUCUGUUUGGUUUUACUCUUUCAAUCGAGCAACUUUUGAAAAUUAGAGUGAAAGAUCACGAGUUUUCAGUGUCAGGAAGGAUUAUGUUUAAUUUGCUUCAAAGUACUGAAUGUCAGCUUUUCUCAAAAUUGAUGAAGGUUUUAUGACAAAGGUUAUUGAAAUCAGAACUGUCCCCAUUCUGAAUAUUUUUUUACCCCCCCUUUUUGUCUUUGUGAGUAGUUCAGUGGGAUUGUGAUUCCUUUCCAUAUUGAUACAUGGCAAAAUUUCCCUGUCUUUGUUCAAACUGAUAGGAACUCCAAGGUUUCCCAGGUAUCAUUUCACUUCAGAGAUGAUGUGGACCUACCUGAGAUCUCUCCUUGAUAAGCUAUAAAUUCCUUUUAUUUAAUAAUACUUUUUGUGCAAGCUAAUAACCUACCUUUCCCAGUAUAUUGGAACAGCAAUAGAUGACAGUCUGUCUUCCUCCUUACAUUUUGGACGUGGGUAAUUUCAUGCUUUUUCCAAAGAGUGACAGCUCUGGGCUUCAUUCUGCUCCCGUGACUGUUACAUGUAAAGGCUUUUCCUUCCUCUUGCUGGGUCUUUCAGUCAAAUCCCUCAAAAUGAGAAAAACUUACUGAUAUUAGUAUCUGUCUUUUUGCCCCCAAAAUGCUCAAGAUUUUUAUUUUUUCCUGUUUGGAAGAGAGGCAGGGGGGUGAUCUGUCAGCUUUAGUGAUACACGCUGUGGUAAAGCAGGCCAUUGCGAUAUGAAUAGAAGGUCUUGCCAUGAAGUUGGAUUUCCAGUCUUCUGGGAAACCUAAAACUGAGUCUGAGGGCAAAGACUCGUCAUAAAUGGAAUGAUUUUGUUUGACUAGAAUUAUGUAAACAAAAAUAGUCAGAUGCAGUACAAGCAUGUGGUGCUGCCUGCUAUUUACACCCAAGUACUUCAAGGUGCUCCAGUGCUGUGGCAAGGGGCAAUGUCCGUGGCUGUAAAGUAACAGGCAAAAGGUCCAAAGUCUGGGGUUUAUGGCCUGGAGGCAAGUAUUUGCAAUAAAGGCAUCAGAUAGAGACUGUAAUCUUUAGAAUAUAUUGUAAAUAUUAUUGUACAGAAAUCUAUAUGUAAGAAAUGCAGAUUGUUCUAUAAUAUGUAUAUUACUUUUCUAAGGGAUAUAAGGUCUCAUGUUUCAUGAAAUUGGCCAAAUAUUACGUCAAAUGGGAUUAAGCAGGAACUUCCUCAUGGGAGCAGAUUGUCCUGUCAUUACCUCCUGUGAAGUGAACAUCUAUAGAUGUUUCUAAGUUGCUAUGUUUAUAUUCCUACGAAAGAACCAGUGUGCCACUGAAUGCGUACAAAUAAAACCUGAAACUAAC